UGCCCACUUUACCAUUCUUACUACAUCCGCUUAAUCCUCACAUCUCUCUCAUCCCUUUUCUCUCUAUAUGUGUAUAUAUGUAUAUCUAUCUUACCCAGAAAAGCCUUACCUUUCUUGACUGUUUCUUGAACCUACAUCAACCACCGCCGUCAUCCGCCGCCUCCAACCACCACAAAAGCGGUGCCCUUUAGUCUUAUCAGAUACCCAUAUAUAGUUCUCAAAAGGGUUUUCGAAAUAUUGACCUUUUUUGUAAUCUGGCCAAGAAUUCUUGAUGUACUACUCUCAGAUCUUCAAGAAAACAGUCAAUAUAUUGGUUCUUUCUUAGUUUUAUCUGAUACCCACUUCUUAUUUCUUGACUUUGGGGGUUCAGACACCUAGCUGCUGACUACUGGAGGCUGAAAUCAAGACUUUUGGUAUGUAUUUGUUGAGGAUUUGGUGUUUUAUCUUUUAAGAUUGUGGAAGAUUGUUGGGUUCUCUUGGCAGCUGAAUGAAAUGGCCUUUUGACUUGUGAACCCUUUUGCCAAAAUCUCUCAUAUAAGCCUUUAAUCCAUUGUCUGUCGCAGCUAGGGUUUGAUUAGGGUUUUGUUGGGUUGUAAGAAUUCUAGGAUAACCCUUUUGGUUAAAGAUUUUUUUUAGACAGGUGUUAGGUUACAUUGUUACUUCUGUAAAUUAGGGUUUCAUUUUAGGGUUCUAAAAUGGGUUAAAAACUGAAGUGGGUAUAUUUUGAUUCUUGCUUUCAAACAUGGCUGCAAAUGGUCAAUGUUUUGUGGAAUGGAAAGAGCAAUUUGUUUCAAAGGAAAGGGGUAAGAGGGUAGUUCACUAUUUCUUGAAAGAUAUAUCCGGAGAAUCGGUGCUGGCGGUUGUGGGAACAGAACGGAGUGUUAGGCAUAUGUUUUACGUGGUUGCUGAGGAGUUCUUGAAAGUCAACGAGGCCGAGAAUUCGGUCAAUGCAGGAUAUAGAUGGAGAUCAAGAAGAGAGGUGGUGAAUUGGCUUACUUCUAUGUUAUCCAAGCAGCAUCGGCAAGGCGAACAUUCGAAAUCCCCUAAAAGUGAUCACAUUCCGGGAGUCGCUGCUUCAUAUCAGAAUCGGCUUGCAAGAAACUUAAAGUUACGGACGCCGGAUAUAGUGUGGUCUGGUGUAGCAUGGACGUGCGGUAAACAACUCAAACACUUCCCGGCCUUUUGCCGGAACGGGAUUACAAUAGCGGUACAAUCAUUUGUUUUUGUUAUGGCCGAAGAGGAAAAACGUCAUCUUGCAUAUCUCGAAGAUAUGUAUGAAGAUAGAAAGGGUCAAAAGAAGGUCAAAGUGAGAUGGUUUCACCACAAUCAAGAAGUACAAGUUGUCGUUACCCUUCGAAAUCCUCACCCGAAAGAGGUUUUCAUUACACCUUACGCACAAGUCAUAAGUGUCGAGUGUGUGGAUGGCCCGGCCAUCGUCUUGACUCGUGAACAUUACGAGAAAUGCGUAUCUGUACUUCCCGAAGAUCUAUUAACUCGAGUUCAUCUUUGCUUGAGACAAUUUAAGAACAAUCGUGUGAAGCCGUUCAAAUUGAGUAAAUUGUGUGGAUAUUUUGACCAGCCGAUUUUUUCUAUUCUGGAUACCGAAUAUAUUGAAGAUGAAGAACAUAGCCCGGGAGAUAAUGUUAAGGUGGGAGUGAAAAGACCGAGAAGUUCUAGAGGGCGGCAGGUGGUGGUGCCGCCAUAUGAUCCAUCGUGCAUGAACUUGAAGUAUGAGAUGCUGAGAAGGAGGCUCAUCCCGAAGUACGUGAAGAACCAAGCUUUAUAUACGCCUUUUUUCAAGGCUAACGAAAAGAUAGAGUUGUUGUGCCAAGAUAGCGGGAUUCGGGGAUGUUGGUUUAGAUGUACGGUAUUGCAGGUUACUCGGAAACGAUUAGAAGUCCAAUACGAUGAUUUGAAGGAUGAAGACGGAAGUGGUAAUCUUGAGGAAUGGGUUUCGGCUCUCCGAUUGGCCAUGCCAGAUAAACUUGGGAUGAGAUACUCGGGUCGGCCAACUCUGCGGCCAGCACAUUUGGAAAACGAAACAAACGUUGCUUUUGAGGUCGGUUCCCCGGUGGAUGCGUGGUGGAGUGACGGCUGGUGGGAGGGAGUGGUAACUGGAAUCAGUGAUGAAUCUGGGGAUGGAAAUGUUCGCGUUUACGUUCCCAGCGAAACUUUGUUUCUUGAACUACACAGAAAGAACAUUAGAGUUUCGAAAGAUUGGGUGGGAGACCAUUGGGUCGAUCUCGAAACGAAACCCAACAUCCAUUCAUUGAUACCUGCAGAUACAGGCCCAAAUGUAGAUGAAACCAAACCCGAAAGUUUGCCAAUUUCGUCCAAAGAAACCCCUGCUUCUAACGACCCACCUGAAUCAAAUAACGACAAGCCACUUCAAGAGGACGACAUUGGUCGUAAAGCCGAAAACGACCUGAAUCCAUCCCACGAUGAUAACGAUAUCGAAAUUGCCGAAAAGGGCUUGAAUCAUGAAGCGGAAUGAGACACCCGAAUUACCGAAUGACGGUUUGUGAAUAGCAGUGAUCAAAAUGAGGUUAGGGUUUGUACUUUUUACUGAUUGUUUUUUUAGGGUUUUCACUUUAGUAGGAGAAGAGGACCACCCUACGGUGGGUGGACCUCCAAUUUGUAACCUUUUAGUGCUUUGACGACUUGAAAAUCGUGCAUUGAAAGAUGUACAUUUGGGAUCUGGUUAUGUAUUAGUUGUUGAUGUACCAUUGAUGAACCAACAGUGGAAGUGUUGACUAGGUCGUGAUUGUCGUUUC